ACACACACACACACACACCGGGACCUUCGGGGCAAUCAGAGCAACAUUUGAAGGUCAGCUGAGCUACCGAAAUGGAAUACUGCAUCUGACAGGAAAAAGGAAAAGGAAAAGGUACGAGACAAGAGGAAAUCCUAUGUUUCACGGAACAGAGAUGGUGAAAGAAACAGAGUUGUUGGAAAUAAUGAGACAGAGAAAGUGAGUGUCAGCGGCGGACAGAGUUGAGGAGAGUUUGCCGCAGCUGAGCAGAGCAGAGGAAAGGAACUUUACCUGAACUUUACCUCACAAAUGGACUGGACUCAAAAACUGCCUGGUGCCGUGGCUUCCCACAACAUGCUGACAUUACAGUAACCAAGAGGAGCAGGAAUGGAAUAAGGAGGUGGACGAGGAGGGUGAAACUAACUAGGGAUCCAUUGAAGAGAGGGAUAAAGGAGCAUGUUGAAUUUGUUUUGAGUUGAACUAAGGACACUGAGCUUUACUUGGAGCUGUGUGCAGUCUGAUCACUAUGAGGGAGUGGAGCGUUUGCUUCUUACUGUGGAGGAAGAUCAGUUACCAAGUACCCAGACUGCUGAAGAGCCCGACAAAAGCUUACUGGACUUGACAACAUCAAAAAAAAGGAGCCAGCUGAUAGGACAAGAGGAGGAGGAGGAGGGGGAGGGAGAGCGGAUACAUGUGCGGUGAGACAGACCAUAGAAGAUAAAGCGGAAGAGAUGAGAAGAAAGACAGUUAGAUAGAUGAAAGGAGAGACAGAAGAGAAAGUCAAAUGAGACGUCAAGCGUAAAAGUGAAAGGAGGCAGAGAUGAAAUAGCAUCCUCUACUAUCAGAAGAAGAACGGGUACGUGAGACAGAGGAGAGCAAGCUCUAGGCGGAUCCAAAGGAAUACAUGCUGCCAGUGGUCAGACGUUGGUCACGAUGUUCAUGAACUUCCGUCGUAUCCAUAAGUGCCAGUGUGUGCAGCUGCUGACCACAGGUCUGGUGCUGUGUGUGCUGAUGGUCUGCUGGGAAGAGCUUGACCACCACGUGGUCAGUCACAUGAGAUCCUACACACAUCGCUACCUGGUCAACAGCUUUGAUUUCCUCAAUUCUUCCCUUGUCAUCGCCUCCAACCAGCACCACAGAAAGGAAGGUUUUAAUGGCAUGGGUGGUGAGCUAGUGAAGUAUCCGUACCUCAUCAACCAUCCAGAUAAAUGUGGAGUCGGACAUGGGAAAAGCGAGGAUGAUGUCCUCUUGCUUUUGUUUGUGAAAUCAUCUCCGGAGAACUUUGAGCGGCGUCAGGCCAUCAGGGACACAUGGGGGAACGAGAGCUUUGUUUGGUCAGAACUAGGGGCGAAUGUGAGGGUGGUGUUUGCCCUCGGUAUACACCCAGAUGUUGGGCGGAGAGCCAGCGUGCAGAGAGCACUACUGCAGGAGGACCAGGUCUACGGAGACCUAAUUCAGCAGAACUUUUUGGACACCUUUCACAACCUCACUACCAAACUGAUUCUGCAGUUCCACUGGGGCUACAAGUACUGCCCUCAGGCACGCUUCCUCAUGUCUGCAGAUGACGACAUUUUUGUCCAUAUGCCCAAUUUGGUGAAGUACUUGCAUCAGCUCCUGAAUAGACAAUCAGGGGGCAAAGACCUGUGGGUGGGGCAUGUACACAGAGGAGCCCCUCCGAUUCGCCGUAAAGACAGCAAAUACCACGUUCCUAAUGAACUGUACCCCUGGCCUUCCUACCCAGACUACACUGCUGGAGCAGGGUACGUGGUUUCAGGAGACGUGGCCACUAAGAUUUACUAUGCAACUCUGGUGCUGAACACCUCCAUGUACAUCGAUGAUGUCUUCAUGGGGAUUUGUGCCAAGGCCAUGGGAGUUUCUCCCCAGGAACAUGUAUACUUUUCAGGGGAGGGCAAAACUCCUUACCACCCUUGCAUCUAUGAUCAUAUGAUCACAUCACACGGUCACGCCACGGAUGUGCGUUCACUGUGGCAAGCUGCAACAGACCCUGCAGUUUACCGCCACUCCAGAGGAUUUAUGGGUAAUCUGUACUGUACAGCUGUGAGAGUGAUGCUGCUUUGUCGGCCAUAUUACCAGAACACGUACUCCUGUAAGGCUGCUUUCACAUGAAUGUUUUUUUUAGAUGAAGGGCUGCUGAAUGCUGAAAGUAUCACACAAACAAAGGGCCUUACCUUACAGUCUGCCAUCUUUUUCUCUUUCAUGUUAACUCUCAUUGUUUGCUGGCUAUACUGUGUAUUUGCUGUCUCGUAAUAAAAGCCAAAGCUGUUCUGUUAAGCAA